UGCAGCAGGAUGUGCGGUAUCCGGUUGCGCGAGCUGGUCCCGUCGUCCAAAAGAUGCGCGCUCCCGAUGUUCCCGUAUUACCUGCAGUGUUGGACCGGACCGUCCCGACCGCGCGCUGCGGACAGUAGUCCUGAGCACCGGUACUGAGCUGCACAGCCUCUACAGACCCGCGAGACUGGAGUUCUGCUCUGGAUCAGAGCUCUGCCUGAGGGCCCUGAGGGUCCGACCUGCACGAGCUCACCAUGACCCCCCUAUGGAAGCAGCGCCUGGAGCCCCAGCCCGCAGCAAACCCCUGGAGAGCAGCAGAUCAGAGAACCAGAUUUCCUAAGUGCCCGAAUGCUGCUCCUCGCCAUGUCCUCCCUUCAUACACCUAUGGUUCCAAGAACCUGAGGCCUCCUGCUGCCUACAGACCCUUGGAAAAUGCUGUAAUUGGAUCAUAUGGGUGGGAGGAGCCUGUGGUGUCCAGGGUAAACGGCUACCAUGGACGGCAUGCGGAGGCGAGUCCGGUGCGGCCACGCAUAGUAACGGUUGUACGGCCGUGUGGAGAGCACAACCUGCGGAAGAUCUCUCUGCUGUUGAACCGGCGGGCAGUCCAGACUUUCGAACUGCUCAUAGCUGAUGUCUCGGAGGCGCUUGGCUUUCCUAGUUGGAGCAAUGGCCGCGUUCGCCGCCUCUUCAGCCAAACUGGCCGAGAGAUCCGCAGCCUCUCAGACUUCUUUCACUUUGACCAGGCCUUCCUGGCCUUCGGGAGCUCUCGCCCAUUGCUUGGUGAAGUGCAGGCUGCUCUAGAGGAGCUUUACCCUGACAGUCCAGGUUACUGUGGACACUUGCUAAGGUUGUGGGAGCGCAUCCUGAGGCAUAAAGCAGCCAAAGCUGAUAGUGGUUUUCAUGAUGAUGACCCGCAGGUCGAGGCCUCUCAAAAUAUAACUGUUGAGCCUACAGUCAAUCAGCCAGUCGCCAACAAUUUGCAGCCAACCAGAGCACAUGCUAGGCAGAAGGACAGGGGUAGGAGAGAAAGGCAAAGAGGAGAGUGGGAGCACUGGAGGGUACCCCUCAAAGCUCUAAUGAAAGAGGAGAAGGGGAGAGGAAGAGAAGAAGAGCGGAAGAAAGAGUCCGUAUACUGUCGGAGCUGCAGGGGGGCUGGACCACCUAUCCCACCAAUCAGACAGGGAAACAGACAGUGUGCUAAAUGGGAGAGCCCUAAUAAUCAGAGCAAAGCUCCUCCAUCUCAGAAUGAUGAGAUGGAAAGCCAAUCACAACAACAACAACAAAAGACAUGUGAAGUAGAACCCAAUACUCUAAAUCCAAUCAAUAACUCAAAUUUGCCACAAAACCACCAAAACAUUCCAAUUCCAGAGACCCAAACAGAAAAAUCACCUGCUGAUCAGGACAGGCCUAAAGCAAAACUGGUCAAGCAGACAGACUGGCAGCAGCAGCUUCCGCCCGAUGGUGUCGAGGUUUCACACGAGGAAAUCGAGCGCUGCUACGAGAUCGGCUCAGUGGUGGGUGAUGGGAACUUUGCGGUGGUACGAGAGUGUCGUGUCCGGGGCAGCACCCAAACCUUCGCCAUGAAGAUGGUGGACAAGGCCAAGCUGCAAGGCCGCGGUCACAUGAUCCAGAAUGAGAUUGCCCUGCUGCGGAGCCUGGCUCAUCCACGCCUGGUACAGCUGCUGCGCUCACACCACACAGACACAUACGUUUACCUGCUGAUGGAGCUGGUCACCGGCGGAGAUCUGUUCGAUGCCAUUGCCCGCAGUGGGAGAUUCAGUGAGCCGUGUGCAGCCCGAAUGAUCCGAGACAUCAGCCAGGCCCUGGAGUACAUCCAUAACAAGAGCAUCGCACACAGAGACAUCAAACCGGAAAACCUGCUGGUCCAGCACGACGGGAAUGGCAGUGUGAAUCUGAAGCUGGCUGAUUUUGGAUUGGCCAUGGUGGUGACAGAGCCGGUGUACACAGUAUGUGGAACACCAACUUACGUUGCUCCUGAGAUACUUGCUGAGACAGGUUAUGGUGUAGCAGUGGAUGUCUGGGCGAUGGGGGUUAUACUGUUUGUACUGCUCAGUGGGUUCCCACCAUUCCGCAGUGCAGAACGCAAUCAGGAGGAGCUGUUUGGUCUCAUUCAGAAGGGAGAGGUUCACUUCAUAUCACCUUACUGGGACCAUGUGUCUGAAGGAGCUAAAGCUCUGAUCAGGGCUCUGCUGGAAGUGAACCCGGCUGUGAGGCUGACAGCCAGUCAGACUCUGCAGAACAGCUGGCUCCUGCAUGCUGCAUCACAGAGCGGCCACACGGGGGAGACGACCAACAACCAACCCAAACCAGCCAGCAGAAAAGAUGCUGUCAAUCAUCAUAAACAGGACAUAUCAGCAGAGACGGGUCAAUCAGCUCAGAAUAAAGACAAUAAACACACACCUCAACAGAACACAGAAAUCAACACAGAACAGACAGAUCCCCAGACUCCUGACAGAACCUUACCAGCAAGAGAGACCAGCAAAAACAGUCACAUACAGGAGAUACCAGCACAACCAGCAGAUCCACAGCAGAACAGUGCAACUCCUACAGACCUUCACCAUCAAGAGGAACAAUCACACAAUACAGAGAUCAGAACCAACAGCAACCACCAGAUAUCAGACGUUCCCAUAAUCAGCAGGAACAGCGACACGGACCAAAACCUUCAGGACAAACCAGAAGAAUCAUCUGACAUCAAAAAUAUGCAGGAUGUUCAGUGAGGCAAGUGGAACUCAACACUAGCACAGAAAAUACUUCAACAUAAAGACGCCUGAAUGUAACGAAGCAUUGACUGCUACAAAGGGUUCUUAGUACCACUUUCUUUAUGUGUUAUAACUGAUUAUUAAUGGUAUUUUUAAGUAUUUACAAGCUAAUGAAUAACAUUUAAACAAUUUUCCCCCCAUUUUCUCAGCAAUUUACACAUCCAAUUACCCAACCCACUCAUUAGGACUCACCCUAUCACUAGUGAUGCCCCAACACACCAGGAGGGUGAAGACUAGCACAUGCCUCCUCUGAUACAUGUGAAAUCACACUCUGCUUCUUUUCGAACAUUGCCAAGUAGCGUCACAGUGCACUCGGGGGAAAGCGCAGCGACUCGGUUCUGAUACAUCAGCUCACAGAUUUCUUGUACUGAUCGACAUCACCCUGAGUGAUAGGGGGAGAGAGCGCCAUCUACCCACCUAGAGAGAGCAAGGCCAAUUGUGCUCCUUCAGGACUCAGGGCUACAGGAACAGGAUUCAAACCGGCGAGUUCCUGAUCAUAGUGGCAGCGCUUAGCUGGACUACUCCUUUAUAAGGAAGCCUUAAUUUUUAAGUGGUAGCAGGUUCUUUGAGUUAUUAUACUUACUGCGCAUUUAAAAAUAGAAUAUAUAGAGAGUAUUGGGACACCUGUUCAUUCAUUGUUUCUUUUAAAUUUAAUUGUAUUACAAAAAAAGUGUGUCCUGCUUUUGUUGGAGUAACUGUACUUUAGUGCUUAAAGUUACUUCUAGGUUUUGGAGCACUGCUGUGAGGAAUCGAUUUAAUUCAGUGACAGAAGCAUUUGUUAGAUCAGCAUAUUUCACAGCCCUAAAAAAUGGAUAAUACCAGUGUCUCUUCUCCACAGCUAAAUACUGGAGGGUUUUGUACCCCCAGCCCACAACUGAUAUUAGGCAUGAUGCAAAUAGGUUCAUGUUUAUCUGUUUAAUCUGUACAUUUGGACAUUUAGACCCUGUUCACACCUGGUCACUUCAUGCAUCUUGAGUAUCAGGAUUAUACUUGGAUAAAGCCAAAAACAUAAAAAUGCAAGUGUAACAUACCAAAGACAAGUUUAAAACAGAUACAGUUUUUUUUAGAUUGAUCCAAAUUUGAUCCACAUCCUCCAAGUACAAACAAGAUUAUAGUAAUAUUUGCUAUACUCUGUCCCACACAACAAAGGGAUUUCAAUCUGACUAACCAGAGAAGCAUUUGACUACAUAGUGUAAAUGACUUUGGUUAAAAUCAUAUGGAGAUACAAUUCAUAUGAAUAUACAAGAAGUGACCAGGUGUAAACGGGGUCAUAGUUGUUCUUUAUCUUCUUAAACUCUCAGGCCUUUUUGCUUUCUGGUAUAACUUAUGAACAACUCAGUUUGCAUUGCUUUAUGUGUAGUUACAUAAUAGUAAUACUUGUAAUAAAAUUAAUGGCAAAUUAGAGAUUAAGGAACUAAAAUGGCUCUAAAAUGGAUAGCAAAGAAACAUUGAAUAGAUGUUUUAAUGAUGAUGAUGAUGGAUAAAAACACUUUUAAAAAACAUUUAUGUAACAUUGACUUAUAGGCAUCAGCUAGUGUAAAAAUUGUGACACCAAAUCAAAGUUAAUUUAAAGUUUAGAACGGUUGGGCUGAGCUCUUUUACUCUACUCACAAUGUUUAAAUAAUGAAUAUUUGAUUAUUUCAUCAAUCAUGAAUAUUGAUUAUUUAAAUGUUCCCUUCUUUACUGUAAACCACAGUACAAUAAGAUAUAAGAAUAGAAUACAGACAAGAUAUUCAUAUUUAAUGUAUGUAAAGUUUAACAAACCAUACAUAUAAAACCAUGAAGUUAAAUUAAUCUUGAAUCAAAGUAAAAUUGAUGAGCACAAAUAAAUAUAUUCUGUUUUCCAUUUUACUGCAUCAGA